AUGGGUGGUUACGAUUUUCCCGGAUCCAAUUCAAGCAUCGAUCUUCAUGCUCUUACAGGGUGGAUUCCUGAGAGGAAAUCUCUGAGUGAAACCGUUAAUGACGAAGGCCGGUUUUUCACGAUGCUCAAAACAAGAAUGGGGAGUGGGCAUGUGCUAGCAACAAUGGCGACAGGAAGACUAUCCUCAGAUUUAGAUUUGGAAGAGAAAUCGGGACUUGUACCGACUCAUGCGUAUGCCCUGCUAGAUUUAAGGCAAGUGGGUAAUCUGCGAUUUGUGAAGCUGAAAAAUCCUUGGGCUGAGAGAAGCUGGAAGGGCAAAUAUUCCUAUCAGGAUACUACCAGAUGGACUCCAGAAAUGAAGCAUGCCCUAAACUAUGAUCCGAAAGCAGCUGCUGCCGACGACCAGGGAGUGUUCUGGAUCGAGUGGAAUGAUCUAAUCAUAUAUUUCGACGUCUGUUAUCUUUCAUGGAAUACCUCUCUUUUCAAGUUCGACCGAAAAUUUCAUGGAACCUGGCCACAGGGGCCGAAGAAGGAUCUUUACUCUUUUGCGAACAAUCCUCAGUAUUUGCUGACCGUUGAUGCUUCUGUUGACACAAUGGUCUGGCUUCUCCUCAGUCGGCAUAUCACCGAGAAGGAUGAUUUCGCCGAGAAUAAGGAUUUUAUUACACUCAUUGUUUACAAGAAUAACGGCGAACGACUCUAUCUCCCAACUUCAGGAACAAAAGUCCUAGAUGGUAUCAGAAUCAAUUCACCAUUCUACCUUGCGAAGCUCCCCGUUUCCAUAAGUUCAGCUCCCGAAAAAUACACGAUUAUCGUUUCAGAAUAUGAGAAAAAUCAUGACAUAGACUUCACCCUCACGGCUUACGCCAAUGUGAAAUUCAGUUUGAAGGAGCUGAAGGAUAACUUCACUCAUUCCAAACGGAUCAAAUCUGAAUGGAACUCGUCUAAUGCUGGAGGAUGCCAAAAUAACCGAGAUACCUAUGGCUCUAACCCCGUUACUAAAUUAACCAUCUGUUCGAAGUGUACCGUCUUGUUCGAAAUAAGAGCACCGAAACAGUAUUCUGUACAAAUACAGCUUGAAGAUCUAUCAGAAAAGAAACUGGAUGAUUCUGGCAGCUACCGUUCGGGUUACUCCGUCCUCAAAACUCAGCUUGAUCCUGGAACUUAUCAAAUUCGAUGCUCAACAUUCAACAAAAGCGAGCAUGGACCAUUCUUCCUUGACAUCAGUUCCGACAUGCAAUUUCUUCUAUGA